AUGCCCCUCAUGAAACGGAAGGAGGAUACAGAUGAGGACUUUGUGACACGUGAUGAUAAUUCAGACCAGGCUUCGGACCAUCGGAAAAAGCUGAGAAGAGAAGCCUCUCCUGUGUCCACGAGGAGCCACAAGUCCAGGGAUCAACCUCCGGUAUUUAAAGAUGGACGCCGUUCUGCUGAUCAAAGAAUCCCUGUGGAAAGACCAGGUUCCCCUGGACUGGACUGUGUGUCCAUGAAGAGUGACAGGUCAAAAGGUCAACACAUCAGUUUUAGAAAAAGACCCGCCCCUCAUGAAACGGAGCUGGUGCACAUCAUUUCUUCUGCCUCAGAGGAGGAUACAGAUGAGGACUUUGUGACACGUGAUGAUAAUUCAGACCAGGCUUCGGACCAUCGGAAAAAGCUGAGAAGAGAAGCCUCUCCUGUGUCCAUGAGGAGCCACAAGUCCAGGGAUCAACCUCCGGUAUUUAAAGAUGGACGCCGUUCUGCUGAUCAAAGAAUCCCUGUGGAAAGACCAGGUUCCCCUGGACUGGACUGUGUGUCCAUGAAGAGUGACAGGUCAAAAGGUCAACACAUCAGUUUUAGAAAAAGACAUGCCCCUCAUGAAACGGAGCUGGUGCACAUCAUUUCUUCUGCCUCAGAGGAGGAUACAGAUGAGGACUUUGUGACACGUGAUGAUAAUUCAGACCAGGCUUCGGACCAUCGGUGA